CAACCAAAAAGAAUCGAUAAGUCUAUAUCUCGAUGUCUUUUGAAAUAUCAGAGGCGUCAGCACAUCAUCCAUAAUAGAAAAAUCAUUUGAAAAAGCUUUUCCCUGUCCCAAAACAGAAGAAGCAUAAUCCACCCCAUCACAAAACAUCACAAAACCUUUUCCAGUAUCCACAAAAUUUCACAAGCCGGUUAUUAUUCAAUUAAUUCAACCAUUUGAGCUGGUUGGGUGUCAGAGUAUAAAAGCGGCCAUUGAAACCAUUGCACCAUACCUAAACGGAUAUUUCAGCUACAGGGGCUAAAAAGACCACCCCAGCCUCUCCUCGCUUUGCCACUUCUUCCACUCUUCCAUUCACCGUCUUCUCUGCUCAAACCUUUUCUUGUGUCUUCAAAAACAAGACCAUCAGCACACAAGGAGAAGAAAAAAGGACAAAAAACGCCAGCUCAGAGAAAUAUCCCAGAACAUCCCGGUUAUUAUUCAUCUAAGAGGCUCACCUUAUUCGCCGCCUCUUCUUUUUGAGUACGAACUUCACAUUCACACGACAUUAACCUGCUUCCGCGUCUCUGCGUUACCACCCAUCCGGAUUGGACAGGACCUUUUCACUCUCACACCCUCUUCUCACACGCCUUUCCAGGUUACUCAGGACCAACCGGUUUUCUUCUUACUUCCAUAGGAUUACUUCUUUCUCGAGGCUCCCGCUCAAAACCCCCCCGGAUAUUGAGAGAAAAGUUUUCCACUUACUCCAUACAGGAUUUCUUCUGGACCAUUUUCUGACUCCCCCAAUUUGUCGCCGGUUAUUUUGUGUGGUACCACAGUUAUUCCCUAGGCUGACCUGUGUGACUUACAUUGCCAAAUCUCCAUCUUUGGUUCUUCUCUUUCUCUUCCUACCAACUUGUUCCCUGGAUUACCAUCAUGUCGCGACGUGACGAUAGAGACAGAGCUUCCCGCUCACAACCACAACCAACACACCCAUCUGCUGGAAGAACGGGUCAGUUUGUUAUCGACGCUGAAGGUAUCGACAGAGAAGUUAUCACGGCUGACAUCUGCCGGUAUCUUGGUAAUGAUGCUCUCGUCAAACCGGGCGACGUGGAAGUAAGUCAUUGCCCGUAUCUUUGUGAGAUGUCGAUGAGGAACUAAUGGCUUCAUUUACAGGACCCGAGAACAAAACAACUUAAACCUGUCUACGUGAUCACAGCUUACAGGAAUCUUACAAAUGUAAUGUCGCGCUCCUAUCAAUUAAGUGAUUAUCGCUGAUCAAUUCUUGGGGUAGGCCAUGAUAUUUGAUUUGAAACAGGCAUCUGCAGAUUGGCGAGCUGAGCGACUUGCUAGAUCUUCUGCACAGUACCCUACAAAUGGUAUCUCUUUAAGGGAUUCGAACGAGAUGGUUCGAAAGUCUAACACCCCUAUAGUAGUGGACUACAGAAGUUCAAAUGCACUGGAUCAAUCCAUUGCUCGAAUGGAUGCAACACAGCAGCCUCGGCCUGCUGCACAACAAGGGAUGUACAAUUCACCAUCGGCUGCUGUGCCCAGUUCCCAAUCAUAUCAACCAAGUGGCCAGGGUUACUCGGCGGGCUACAGUCAGCCUACAAGUUACCAGAAUGAUGGCUAUACCCAGCCACCAUCACAACAGUAUGCUCCAUCUCCCCAAGGAUAUCCCACUCAGGACACCAGGAGUUAUGUUCACGGAUCCAAUUAUGCUGUUGAACCUGCUGGCCGUGGCGGAUCUGUUCCUCAGUCUGUUCCUAGGACUCAGGCAGUUCAAUAUCCAUCCAGUACAUCGUACCAAGCACCUGCACCGCAGUACUAUUCCCAAUCUGGACCAACUGCAUCAACUUCAGCAUAUGCGUCACAUGCACCAACAGAUCCUUAUUAUAGUAGUCGUGGUGCGUACGCCAAAGUGCAUCCAUUUUCUUCAUUGUCUCUGUUCUCGUAAACGAAUGUAAUCUAACAAUUUAGCUGCUCCAUCAGGCAAUUAUGAAUCCACCCCGGAGGUCUACGACACCAGAGCAUAUCCGGAAACCCCAGAUUACCAGAUGCAAGAUGCCGGAUAUACCGAACCAGGCUCAUACCAGGAAACAGUAUCAUAUUCUCAGCCAAUGCCUUCUGGACGAAGUGGCACCGCCACUUCAUCGGCACCUCAAAGGACGCGUGACAGAGACAGUAGGGAUGACCGUGACAGACAUCACCAACGCCGCAGGAAUUAAUGUUCCCUUUGGAAUGUAGUUGAUUUUUGCGAUUCUGUUUCCUCGCCGGACUUUUUUACUGUUCUGGCGUUUUUUAUUGCUUUUUCCCUGGAUUUACUGGAACACUGGACCAAUCAAAGGAAGCCUUGGAACCCUCCUAUAACAUGGAUCCAAACUAGACAAAGGGUACUUUACAGCCUCAUCGGUAUCUUAAUAAAAAAAUCCAAGAUUGCAAUAGGUUUGGCAUCUUGUGAACGAGGUAUGAUCUUUAUAUUACCAGGGUUUUCUAUCAUAGCCUACGCUAGACUACUACCAACUGGACCGAUGUCGGAAUGUAUUAUCGGAGAAUUACCGCGGAUGUUUUAUCAUGAGCUUUGCACGUGCAGAGCAGCUAUACCCGGCUUCAUGGGAUGCGGCGGGCCAAAUGAGGAUAAUGGAUGUGUUUUUUGCUUGCUUGCAUUUUUCAUCUGUCAGUUGCAUCAGUUUUUGCAUACGCAGACCGUUGGGGCGCAUUAUGAGUUUAUGUUUCCUUGAAAGUUUCUGGAUUAUCUUAGGAUACCAUCCCUCGUACCUGCUGCCCUGGACCCAAAUUUCCGGAAGCCUGACCGGCUGGUUUCUUCUUCACCACGUGUUAUGAUUUGGUUAGUAUCUCAAUACUCAUUAGAGCAUUCAGGUCUGGGUCCAGGCAGCAUGAUAGAG